UCUUUUUGUUUCUUUGAAAAGCUUUUUUAAAGUUUCGGUUAUCUCAAAGCAGAAUUUGGAUUUACAUACAUUCCUUCUGCUUCUGCACUUGGCGUUGGAAUCCCAUAGUUUUGUAUUACGAACAAUCCAUGUUUGGUAAUGUUAAGAAGCUGGUGGAGAAGGCUUCUAUUUCCAAGAAGUCUGGAGGAAGUUUUGAUGGUUUGAAAGCUGGUGAUGUGGACCCACAUUUGGUAUUUCAUUAUGGGAUCCCAUCGGGUUGUUGCAUGUUUGCUUAUGAUUCCAUUCAAAAGAUACUUGCAAUAUCUACUGUGGAUGGCAGAAUUAAACUCUUUGGGAAAGAUAACUCUCAAGCACUACUUGAAUCUGAUGACACGGUGCCAAGCAAGUUUUUGGAGUUUGUCCAGAAUCAAGGCAUCCUUAUAAAUGUAAAUUUCAAGAACCAUAUUGAGGUUUGGGACUUGGAAAAGAGGCUCUUGUCUCAUGUACAUGUGUUUAAAGAAGAAAUUACUUCUUUCGCAGUUAUGCAAACUGGUCCCUACAUGUAUGUUGGAGAUUCUGAUGGCAACAUCAAGGUUUUUAAGAUUGAACAAGAAGUAUGCCAUGUUAUACAAAUGAAAUACGCUAUACCUUUCUCAGCUUCUCAUGGAAAUCCAACUGAGGUUUUAGCUGAUAGGGCUGUUAUGUCCAUACUUCCUCAGCCAACAGCUGAAAGUAAAAGAAUUCUUGUAAUAUUUAGAGAUGGCUUUAUGAUUUUGUGGGAAAUUCGAGAAAGCAAAGCUGUUUUGGUUACUGGUGGAAGCAUGUUUCAAUCAGUAAAUAAUGAAGCAAAACACGUGACUUCAGCAUGUUGGGUGUGCCCUUUUGGUAGUAAAGUUGCUGUUGGUUACAAUAAUGGAGAGGUUCUCAUAUGGAGUGUUCCUACAUCAAAGCAAUCAGAAAUUGGCAUUCAAAAUGCUCCCAUUUGUAAACUCAUUCUUGGGUUUAAAUCAGAAAAGACUCCAAUAGCAUCUUUAAAAUGGGUUUAUGCUGAUGCAAAAGCCACUCGACUAUAUGUCAUGGGUGCCUCUGAUGUACCCUCAAGCCUGCUGCAGGUAAUCUUAUUGAACGAGCAUACUGAAACUCGUACAAUUAAACUUGGGCUUCAUUUGCCUGAGCCUUGUUUGGACAUGGUGAUCACUUCAAGUACCACUGAACAAAGUAAACUUAAACAAGAAUUUCUCCUCCUGAUUGGAAAAUCUGGAAAUAUUUGUAUGUAUGAUGAUUGCUCUAUUGAGAAGUAUCUUCUGCAAUGCCAAUCAAGGCCUCCACCCUCCCUCCCAAAGGAGGUAACGGUGAAGAUGCUAUUUGUAGAUUCAAGCAUCACAGUCACAAAACUCAUCACUGAAAACCCUUAUGCAUUAAGUUCAGAUGAGGAUUACAUUCAAGCUGUCAAAGAUAUUCCAUCACUUGUUCCCUUAGAGACAAAGUCGAAAGAUGGAGGUCCCUCAAACUUGUACCAAUUUAGUGGAUUUGGGAAGAUCAAAAACCUUUACAUAACUGGACACAGUGAUGGAGCCAUCAAUUUUUGGGACUUAUCAUGCCCCUUCCCUAUACCAGUUAUGUCAUUAAAGCAACAGAGUGAAGAUGAUUUUUCUUUAAGUGGAAUACCACUGACGGCACUAUAUUUUGAUGGAAACUCCCGGAUUCUCAUUUCUGGUGACCAAAGUGGAAUGGUUCGCAUCUUUAAAUUUAAGCCAGAGCCAUAUACAGCAGAAAAUAGUUUCAUCUCUUUCCAAGGAAGCAGUAAGAAAAGAAACAAUCAUAUUAUCCACAGUGUAAAGGUCAUUAAGCUUAAUGGUUAUGUACUGUCUUUAGCCAUGUGCCAGAAAACAGGACAUCUUGCCGUUGGAUCUGACUGUGGAGAUGUUUCACUAGUUGACACUGAAGGUCUCAAUAUCAUAUUUCAAAGUCAUAUUGCAAGUGAUAUCUGUCCUGGCAUCAUCUCAAUGCAUUUUAAAACCUGCAGUCUGCAAAAUUUUGAGAAGGAUGUUUUGGUGGUUGCAACAAAGGAUUCAUCAGUUUUGGCCUUUGAUAGUGAUUCUGGGAACAUGCUGAGUGCUAGCAUGGUUCAACCCAAGAAACUCUCAAGAGCUCUAUUUAUGCAGAUUUUGGAUUGGCAGGAUAUAUCAGUUAGAGGAGCAAAUAUAUCUAUUGGUAGUCCUGUUGAGGAUGACAUACCAAAGCAAUCUUUCAUACUCGUAUGCUCUGAGAAGGCUUCAUAUGUCUAUUCCUUGAUUCAAACCAUUCAGGUAAUCAUACACUACAAGAAGAAAUUUCAUUCCACUUCUUGCUUCUGGGCCUCAACAUUUUAUACUGCUUCUGAUGUUGGCCUUAUACUCAUCUUUACUAGUGGAAAAGUCGAAAUAAGGUCCUUGCCAGAGUUAUCCUUGUUCAAGGAAACUUCAAUCAGAGGUUUCAGAUAUUCUGCACCAAAACCAAAUUUAUUAUCUGACAGCUCAAUAUGCUCUUCAAACUCUGGAGAUUUUGUAAUGGUGAAUGGUGAUCAAGAAUUCUUCAUAUUCUCAGUUUUGCUCCAGAAGAAGGAAACUUUUAGGAAUUUGGACUUUAUCAGCCGUGUGUACAGAGAAGAUCUAAUGCUUACUCAGGAAGUACUUGCCUCUGGAGCCACAGUUCAGAAGGAGAAGAAAAAGGGAAUUUUUGGCUCUGUUCUCAAAGACAUAAAAGGCAGUAAAAAGCAUUCUCCUGAAAUGGAAACAGAAGAUACUAGAGAAAGUAUUGAAGAGCUCUCUACCAUCUUUUCAACUGCUAAUUUCUAUGUGAGGCUUUUACAGCAGAAUGAGAAAACAAUCCCCAAAGAAGAGCCACAAGAUGAGAAGUCCAGUGCCGUUGAUCAAAUCAAGAAAAAAUACGGGUUUUCGUUGCAAAGUGAAUCAAGUGCGGCUAAAAUGGCAGAAAGCAAGCUUCAGGACAAUGUGAGAAAGUUGCAGGGAAUCAGCUUGAAGACGACAGAGAUGCAAGAUACUGCUAAAUCAUUCUCUUCCAUGGCAAGAGAACUGCUGCGCACUAAAGAACAAGACAAAUGAUUCUACUACAUAGCAUACAUUAUUGUUUUGUUUGAAAAUUAGUUUAUUUAUUAAUUGAUUU